GAGCUCUGUUCAUCAGUCACACACCACAGAGACAGGAGGUGGAGCUCUGUUCAUCAGCUCUGACGUUAUUUUGAUAUAUAUGGAGAAAGUGAAAGAUGCCUCAUCUGAUUUGUUAUUGAGGCUGUGUGAUGAUUUCCUCUCGACUUUCUAAUAAGGUAACAGUGAGUGUGAUUGGCGGCCGUCUCUCUCCCUCUGUCUGUCUCUCUGUCUGUCUCUCUGUAGGGGGCUGAAUGAGGGGAUACACUUCUCUCAGUCUCUCUGGGCGAGUGGAGGUGAACACAUCGUGUACAGCGAGGAGGGAGAUGGAAAUCUGUCUGACUUUAAUUCUUCUCUCAUCCACACUCACACUCACAGCAGCUGAUCCCAGCUCCAUCAGGCUGGUUGGUUCUGGGGGAGACUGUGCAGGAAGGCUGGAGGUUUUCCACAGCGGCUCGUGGGGGACUGUAUGUGAUGACUCGUGGGGUAUUGAGGAUGCUCAGGUGGUGUGCAGACAGCUGCAGUGUGGAGAGGCCCUCAGUAACCACAUACCAGCCUGGUUUGGUCCUGGAACUGGGUCCAUAUGGCUGAAUGAGGUGGAGUGUGAGGGGAACGAGAACUCCCUGUGGAACUGCAGAUAUCAGCUGUGUGAAGAGGGUGAAUGUGGACACCAUGAGGACGUAGGAGUCGUCUGCUCAGAGUUUAAAGAGAUCCGACUCACGAAGGGCUGUGAGGGGAAUCUGGAAGUGUUCUACAAUGGAACCUGGGGUAAUGUGUGUUACAAUCAGAUGGAAGAGGAGACGGCAAACAUGGUGUGUGGAGAGCUGAACUGUGGAAGACGUGGCAUUCUGUCAUACGCUGAAGCACGAGUAAAAUCUGCUCCUAACUGGCUGGAUCAUGUGAAAUGUAGGAAACACGACUCUAAUCUGUGGCAGUGUCCAUCUUCACCCUGGGGACAGAACAGAUGUAAUAAUCAUGAUGAAGUGGUUCAUAUUACCUGCACAGAUGAUGGAAAGUCUCCACGUCCACCAGGAAACUGCUCUUUACAUCCCUCUCAGAAACACUGCUCAAGUAAGGAGAAGCUUUUAGUCCUGUUCUUCAUGUGGAUUUGA